CACUAUCAUACAAAACGUAAACAAGGGCCACUUUAUUUGUAGUUAAUUGAUUAAUUUAAGGGAAUAAUGGAUCAGGAUGAGGAGCCAGCGAGUUCUAAGACUCCGAAGGAUAAUGCCCCUGCAACGAACCAGCUUUCCCGAUCGAAAGGAACACACCUAUCUGUGGAUAAGCCAGGUAAUCAACGGUUACCCGGUAAUAUAAUGGCUGAAAUGGCCAGAAUAUACCAAGCAGAUCGCGAGAACAGCUUGAAAGUGCGACAAAAUCAAGGCCAAGACAGGGGAGUGGCUGACAGCAGUGACUUUGUCGCCCUGGAGGAUCUCAUCCUGGCCCAAAGCGAUCCCACUCCGCAAGAGGUGGUGGAGAACAUCCUGCAGGACUUCUGUUCCUCUCCCAGUUACGUGGAGGAGGAGGAUAAACCCACCUGCGAGUCGCCUCCAUGGUUUCGCUUUCGCAGGAAAAGGAUUAAAACAUACAGCAGGAAGAGGGUUCCCCAAAGGGAAGAUCUCCCUGUGGUCGUGGAAAACGAAGAGCAGGAUCGGCUGAGCUGCUCCUCGGAUCUGUCCAUCCAGGAGGAUCUGAAUGCUACUUCAACAUCCGCCAUUUGCGCCUUGGAUGUCAAUACAUCGCAGAAGAUCCGGGAAAACCUGCUGAACCUAAGUCAAUACUUUUCACUGGGCAGCACAGCCUCAAAUCCCCAAAUAGAUCUUCCACUGAAGGUUCGAAGGGAUUCUGAGAAGCCUUCUUGUUCCCGGGAAAUCCAAAACCGUCUAUCAGACACCAAUUCCUCUGGCGAGUGCAGCAAUACCGAAAUUCAGACCCUAAAAGAUGACCUCCUGGAAAACGGCUUCACUUUCGAAGCCUCCCAAAUCUGUGAUAAUAAACCUCAAGUUCCAGGCGACACUCUAUUUGGCGAUAGUAGACAAACUACCACCAUUUCGCACUCCCAAUUGGCUAUCAAAUGCGAUGAUUGGUCUGAGACAGAUUCGUUUUUGGAGGAUUACAACACCGAAAAGAUGGCAUUAGAUGUUGAGGAUUCUAAGCCACAGAAAACUUUGAUAGAUAAAAUUAAAACUGAACCUGAGCCUUUGAAAGUAGAGAACCCAGACCUUUCGGUAUUGGAUGACAUACCAAUAAGCGAAUGGCUAGUCGAAAUGGAUGUUCCCGACAAGUCGGUAGAGGAAACCAAAGAACCACCGCAAGAAAUAGUAAAAUUAGAGCCAAAUUCUCAGAUAACUCGUGAGGAAGCAGAAGAUUUCGUUGGCUUUCGUACAGCCUCCAACAAGCCAAUUGAAGUUUCAGAGGAAACGCUACAAAGGGCUGCCAAAUUAUUAGCUGACUUUGAAGGAGGAGACAGUCUUCAACCAAAACUCGAACAAGAUCAAAAAGACUCAAGCAUGUCAGAUUUUGUGGGCUUUCGUACGGCCUCAAACAAAGCGAUUGAGAUGACCAAAGAGAUGGAAAGGAAAGGAGCCAUGUUUAUAGCCCAGUUCAAAGCUGCAGACCAACCAAGUCAAACCAAAGACGAAGAUUUUCUUGAGGGAAUCGUUUUCAGUCAAUGGCAGCCCAUUGAUAACCCAGAUGUGCCUUCUACUUCAAAGAAACUAAUGGAAAAGAUACGCAAAAAUGAGAUUGAGCUUCCAGAAAAGAAAACCCCUGUUAAAAAUCAUGCCAUGAAUAUUCCACAGCUCGUUGCCUUUCGAAAAACACCGUACAAAUUUAUAGAAGUGCCGGAAGAAAUGCGAGUCAAAGGAGAUAAGUUAAUCGCUGAGGUUGAAUCCGGCUUAUAUCAGCCUAGUCAAAAGCGUAGGUCACAAACGCAAGAAAACCCUGGUAAUCACAGCCAAGUCAACGGAACAACAGAGUUUGUGGGAUUCAAAACAGCCAGUAAUAAGCCCAUUGAAAUAUCGGAGGAAAUGAAAAGGAAAGCUGCCAAAUUCAUGGCUGAAGUUGAGGCUGGAGAAAUAAAGCAACCAAUACUAAAGGAGACCACUAAUGAAUCUGAAUUUGUCGGUUUUCGCACCGCCUCCAACAAAUCUAUUGUGAUUUCUGAGGAGAUGAGAAAUAAGGCUGCGAAUUUGAUGGCUGAAGUUGCAGCAGGUGAAACCUCUAAAAAAUUAACUACUUAUAAUGAUGAUCAGACUGAAAAUACAGAAGAUACUUCAGAAUCCUUUGGCUUCCGAACAGCGUCAAAUAAGCGCAUAGAAAUAUCCGAGGAAAUGAGAAGAAAAGCAGCCAAACUAAUGGAAAGUAUGCAAAUUGCUGAGAACGAAGAGAAAUCCUCCAAUAGUUCUGAUAAAAUAUCUGUGGAGGAGUUCCGUGGCUUCCAAACAAACGAUGACCUUUUCCUUUCCAUGGACGAAGACUCCAACGAGUCUAUUUUUCCCAGGCUAUCGCAAAGAACGCAAAAUAAGUUAGAUUGUAAGGAUGACUCAAGUGUGAUCACACCCAAGCGCAGAAGGGACACCUCCGAUGGGAUUCCCUCGAGUAAAAGGCCUUCGAGGGAAAGGAAUUCCCCACUGCCAAAUGCUCCUCAAAGCAGCAGGCAAUUGAUGAAGACCAAGUCGUGCCAAAACGAACUAGGGACUCCCCGGCAAUCGCAGGAGAUCCACGCCUCACUCUCCCAAUUGGCGGGUCUUUCGCCGCUGGACAAAACAACCAAGACUUCGGUGAUAGCUCGCCGGAAUCUUCUUUCCCUAAGCAAAAUGCGCAAGAAGAGCAGCACGACUUCAACUAUUACACCAGCUAAACCCCGAUUUGCACCGAUGCCGGCUUCCACAAGUACUCCGCUUGCCGAUAGAAAUUCGAAUCUAGCGAAGGACUCUAAAGGAUCUAGACAGAAUGCAGAGGACAUGUCUCCCAUUUGCAUGCCAGCCAAUAAAAGUAGGAAACUUGGUUUGAGCCGAAAUCGUUAUUAG